AUGACUCGUUAUCUCAAGUUUGCUUUGUGUGUUAUUUUUGCGCUGGUCGCUCUUGUAACUGUGGCUCGCGCAGAUGAAGAAAAGUUCUUCGACGAUAGCGGCAAUCAAAUCAAGUUCAUUGACUCGGGUGGUGACCCAGACUGGCACGAGGAAACCGAGCACAAACGCUCGGUCCACGUUCGCGGCAAGUCUAGCUUUGGUAUGAAUAAGCGCGACGUCGCUCUAGCUCGUAUCCACUCGUUCACACACGGUCCAGACUAUCUUGAGAAGAUUUGGAAGCAAGGCGUCAAGAUCACUUGGUAUGCUUCUCAUGACCUCAAGGACCCUGCUUGUGGUUCCGGUCACUGGAGCCCCAAGAACCACCACCACAUUGGUGCUGUGAUGAAGGGGUGGGAAAAUGGCCCAUCGUGUGGUGACUUUGUCCGUCUCUGUAAUGAGAAGACCCAGAAGUGCACGAAGGUCCGUAUCGUUGAUCACUGCGAGGGUUGCAGUGCCGACCACAUUGACCUUACGAAGAGUGCUUUCAAGCGUUUGGCAACCACCGGUACGCUGGACGAGGGUAUCACGACUGGUCUUUCGAUGUGGACAAGCCGUACGCCUAAUCCCUGGGAUCUCGCCCUCUUUGGACCUUUUAAACUGAAAAUCUAA